AUGUCUUGGUUUCAUCGGAAAACGAAAGAUCAGGCAUGGAUCAACCGUAAAAGAAUCGCCGAGGAAGAAAGGAAGCGUCGAAUUUUCAACGCCAAGCAGAGGCAAAUUGGUAUUGAUGUUGAUGCCUUGGACCAUCAAGUUCAGGAACAUCGCCUUGCUAGAGCCAAAGAGGAAGAACGUGAGCGCCAAUUCGAAGAAGAAGCCAAGAGACAGCGCGAUUUGGCGGAAUUGCUGGAGAAACAAAAACAAGAAGAGAUACGUGAGAGGGACAAAAAGAUCGAUGAAUAUCGUCAGUCACAAAAACCGGAAUACAGAAAAGAGUUUGAUUUAUACGAUCCUAACCAGAAGAAGAAAGAACGCCCGCCAAGAGUAUCUGCCGAUGACCCAUGUCCACUAUCUUCAGUUCAGAAGUUGGAUGGCGAGGACAUCAACAGCAAAGACAGGCAGAAGAAGCAAAAGGCGCAGGUACGAGAUCUUCUGUUGCAGCAGAUGCAAGAAAAGAGAAUGGAAAAUUUCAAGAGAGACAAGGAAAAGCAUGAUUGGGAGAAUAUGAUGUUGGAACAUGAUUGCUACGCGCUGCAGUUAGAAAAAGAAGAAGAAAGAAGGAACAGAGAGGCCGUUGAAAAUCUAAAACAAACAAACGCUACCCUUGCCACAGAAAAGAGGGAAGCCGAUAGGAGACAGGAGUUACUCGAAAACAUGGAGAAGAAGAAAGAUAUAGAAUUUAACAUUGAAAGUGAUCUUCUAACUGAAAAUCCGAAUGUUGCCAAAAGUGCCUUAGGUCCAUACCGUGUGGUUCCAGACAGAUGGAAAGGAAUGACACAGGUAGCCCUCGAUAAAUACCGGGAAGAACAACUGCAGCAAAUCAUCGACAAAAAGCGAAGAAUGGAACGAGAACAAUAUGAAAAUGCUCAAUGGGAUGAACAUUUGAUUAAUGAAGAAAAUAGCAUUUUUUAUCUGGAAGAAUAUGAUCAUUAUGGUUUAGAAGGUAUCCGUUGGGACUAA